UUUUCUAAUCGUAUAAUAAUUGAAUUAUUGUAAUAUUUUAACAAGUAUCAAAUACUAUAUAGAAACAAAAACGAAGAGACACUUGCAAAUAUGGAGGUAGAUGAUUGUUCAGCUGGUGGUGAUACUGGAGGAGAAGAAGAUGAAGAUGAUGCUUCUACACAUGGAUCAGUAAGUAAUAGUAGCAGUAGUGGCAUGAGUGGCAGUAGUACUUCAAGUGAUAGUGGAGAAGACAGCGGAGAAGAACGAGAUUCCAGUGGUGAUACAGAUAGCCAUAGUUCUGCGGAUGAAGAUGAUGAUGAAAACGAAAAUACAGAAUAUUCAGUAAAAGCAGAAAGUUCAGAUUCUAUGAGAUGGGAAACUUGUGUUGCUGCGAAUACACGACUAAAACUUCCACAAGAUCUUUGCGAGAAUUCAGCCAUCUUCAAAGAACUAUUAGAUUACCCGUAUUUUUGGAAUGAAUGUCUUAGUGAAAAUCAAAGAGAAUCUUUAUAUAGCUUCUUACCAACUUUUCCAAAAGAUUGUGAUAUCGAAGCUGAAAUGGAAAGAACAUUGCAAAUGUUAUUCGAUAGGGAGGAUCAUAGAUUUGGAGUUGCAACAUUAGAUGCAUUUCAUAAACAUCUUUUAGCUGGUUAUUAUAGACCAGAUAUCAAACGAAUGCGCAGUUUGUUGCAUAAAGCACAACAAAAAAGACUGCUUUUUGAAGAACGUAAAAGAUCAUACGAACUUGCCAAUCAGUUACUUAAAUCACGAGAGAGUUUAUUGUCUAAUGCAUAUAAACAGGGUUUUAGCCAGCCAGUACAUCGAACAAUAUCUAAAUUUCAUUGGAAGAAACCAAAACCAGCAAUGGUUGAAGAGAAAACCCAGCUACGCUAUUUGGAGGAACUGAGUAUCCUGAGGACUGAACUGGGAGCUAGUGCAAGGUUAGCACCUGACACAACAUCUGAAAAUGAAGAAAAUUAUUUAUAUUAUCAACUAUCUGGAAAUAAACAAAAGAAGAAAAAGCGUUCCAUGAUGAGUCUUCAAGGAUUAUCAAUCAGAGGGUUGCAGAUCGAUGAAGAAGAUGAAACUAUUCGACCUGUAUUUUCGACGUUCCAACGAAGAGACUAUGCAUCAAAUAGGUCACUAUUUGUUCGUGAACAAACAGAAGAAGCAUAUCGUUUAAUGUUAAAAGCACAUAAAAAAAGAAGAGCACGAAAUGAUAAUCAUCCAGAAUUAAAUACUCAGGGCAUUUCUCUUGCUGACUUAACUCAAAGGGCACAGAUUGGUCAAAAGCACAAGCUUUCAAUUAAUACUUCUAUAAGAAUUCCUCCUGCUAAAAAACGUAUUAAACUAGAACAGUCUACACUUUGCCCACCUGUACCAAAAUUAAUAAAUUCAAAUUCUAUGAAACAUGAAAGUGAUAAUAGUGAUUAUUCUCAUACAACAGACGAUAAUAGACAUUCUAAUGCAAUGGAUAUAGAUCACAAGUUGACACCUAUCAAAUCUGAACCUGUAGAUGUAUAUGAUAUACCUCAAGUGUCAAAGAAAAAAAUGAGCCCUGUUACUCCCAAAAGUAAUAAACCUAUUCCAAGCACAAUAGAAAUUAAGAAAGAAGUAGAAGAAAUAGACUUUGAUGAUAUCAAAUCAGAGAUUAAUACAGGCACAAAUGAUGAUGUUAUGCCAGAAACAGAGGAAGACGAGGAAAAUGAUAAAAAAGAACUUGAUUUAAGCAGCAUUGACAUGAUGCAAAUACCUAUUCAACUUGAUGAUGGUAUUGAUAUUCUUGAUGAUGUGAAAAGUGAGAACGAAAGUGUUAUAACUAUGAGAGAUAAAGAAAUUUCAAUACCUAGUGGAGACGAUACUAUUGAUAUUAAUAGUGGAGCAGAACUAAUGCAAGAAACACAUGCGUCAUUUUUCUCUUUGCUGAGAGAUGCUUUUACCUCUAAAGGAGAAUUUAGAAUGAGUACUGGAGAAAUAAAAGAUGCCAUUACACAAUGGCAAGGAAAUCCAAUUUCACCAUUAAAUGACUGGUAUUCUUUGGCAUCCUCGUGGCCGUCAUUAGUCCCAUUAGCCUUAGGAUUUCUUGCCGGUGAAUUAACAUAUUCUCAAGAAUUGGAACAACAGCAAGAACGGGAACAAGAACUUGUUCCAUACUUAGAAAAUAAAGGUAGUGGUGUAUAUGCCUGGAUUGGUGCAGGCAGAGAUUCGGAUUCUCGUCUGUUAGAUUUGUGUACAAGAUUUCUAAUGCACAGAGAUUCGUUAGGACCAUCUUAUAUUUCAUCAGCUGUUGUUUCUGUGAAACAAAUAUCACAAUUAUCAACGCCAAAUAAUAAUAACAAUAAUGGAAACAACACAACCAAUGGAAACGCUAGAAGUGGAAGCCCUGCAGUUGAAUCAAUUAAUAUUGAUACAAAUUCUCUUGGACCCGUUACAGAAUGGGAACCACCUAGAGCAUUAUGGCCUACAGAAUGGAAAGUCCGACCUUCUACAAUAGAAGAACGUGAAGAGUUUAGAAGACAAGAACAAAUGCGAUAUGCAGCACCUCAUAAAGCAUUUACUUAUCGCAUGCAUGGAUAUGCAUCUGUAGUAGGACCAGUCAAAGGCAUUUAUCAACAUAACAUUGGAUCUGGAUUAACUAAACCACGAGGACAUUCUUUAUUAGUAGCUGAUCGGCCAAAUUUUGUAACAAUCUUAGCAUUAGUCAGAGAUGCCACAGCUCGAUUACCAAAUGGUGAAGGAACUCGCGCUGACAUAUGUCAGUUAUUAAAAGAUUCUCAGUACAUCAGAGAACAAGGAGAAAGUGAUGAUAAAGAAGGGUAUUUACAUUCAGUCGUGUCAGGUGCUUUAGACAGAUUACAUUAUGAAACAGACCCAUGUGUUAGAUAUUACCCUCGUCGUAAAGAGUGGCUAUAUCUUCACAGAGCACGUUCAGAAUCGGAAUUUGAAAUGUAUCAUCAACAGCUACAAGGUGUAGCAAAAAAUAAAAAAAAUGUAGGAAAUACAUCACGGAAUAAAUUAUUACAACCGUCUAUCAAACCUAUCAUACAUAAGGAGCAAUCUCCUAAUAGUAGCAAAGAAACUACUCCCAAAAAAGAAAGGCGUGCUGUUACUGUGGUUCAACCAGUUAUAACUCGAAAAGAACAACGUAAAACUGAUGAAAAAGUUACUGUUGAUCAGUCAACUUCUUCUGAACAACCACCAGUUGUUAAUACAACAACAUCAACAACAAUCAAUGCAUCAACAUCAGAUAUUUCUACCGCUACUAGUACUGCUAGUGUUACCGUAUCUGUAGCAACUGUUCCAAGCUCUUCUACGCUGACUACCACAACUAACAUAGAAAGAAAUAAUGUAGUUUCUGAAGUUAAAACUUUAACGACGUCAAAUGCGAUUAAAAAAGUAACUAAUAUAGGAGGGAAACCAGUUGCUGUAGUCAAAACGAAUGCGACACAAAGUUUAUUGCAAUCAAGUCAACAGCAUUUUCCUCAUCAUCAAAUACAAGUGUCCACAUCUGCAGGACUGCAGACUAUAAGAUUGUCAGGACAUUCUGUACUUCAUUCUGCUCAACCUACUUCAACAAGUACCAGUUCUUGUAUAGGAAACACUACAACAAACUUAGCGACAAUAUUUCCUAAUGCUAAAGUUCAAAAUCAACAACAACCACAAACGGUGGUAACAAGUCAAACUGGAAAGAGCAUUUUGCAAACUUCUAAUAUAAAACAACAAUCUCAGCAACCACAUGUAUUGCCUGGCAAAACAUUGCUGGCAUCUCAAAUAAAAUUAGUGAGCUCUGGACAAAUAAAAUCAUUGCUUACAGGACAUGGCCUUCAAGGUCAAACAAUAUUCAUUAAACAAUCAUCUCCAUCAAAUAAACAACAACCACAACAACAGCAAUCACAGCAACAGCAACAACAACAAACACUUCAAAGAGUUGUGACAAAUCAGCAACAACAAAUACAAACAUCAGGAAUGCAACGUAUAAUUGCACAAAUAGGUGGUAAACCGAUUGCUGUGCAAAUACAACAAUCUCCACAUCAAUCACAGCAGCAACAGCAACAACAAAAGAUACUAGCGAAGGUUUUGACUAGUGCAGGUGGAGGACAACUUAUCUCUGUAGAAAGUUUACUUGCACAAAAAGGGUUAAAAUUAGCAACCAAUGCUUACCAUACUAACCAAUUAAAUAGACAAGGAAAACAAGUCAUACAAACUCAGUAUCAGGUAGUGUCACAGGGUCAAACAUCUUCGGUACAAUCGAAAAUUAUUGCUAGUACACAUCAACAAUCUCAGUCACCUCAAACUCAAACAGUCAGAAUGGUCACAGCACAAAUUGCUGGAAAGCCUAUUGUCCUGGCAAGUGGAAAUAAAAGCGUUGGCGUUGGAGUAAGUGGGAGUGGAAACGUAGUUCUUGGAAAACAACAAAACCCACAACAACAACAAAACCAACAGCAACCAAUAAUUCUGCCAAGUCAGUUGCUAAAUAUUAAAACGUUACAUGGUCUUAAGGUGAUACCAACGCCUACAGGACUGAAGACAACAGGUGCAGCGGUAUACGCUAGAGUUAUAGCGCCGACAACAAUCUCUUCAACAGUAAAUCAACAACAGCAGCAACAGCAACAACAGCAGCAGCAACAACAACAACCACCACAACAACAACCACAGCAACAACAACAACCACCACAACAGCAACAGCAACAAUCUGCUCAAACACAACCGUCAAAGAACAAUUCACAUAGUACACCUUGACAAAAUUAAUAUGGUAUUGUUUUAUUCUAUACUUUUUCUUUGUUUCAUCCAUUUAUAUUUUGAAUACUUUAAAAGUAUUACAGGUAUAAACCACGUAUAAUUUACUUAUAAAACUGUAGUUAAAAUAUGUAGCACUUCAUGGUUGCAUUGAAUUUAAUAUUUACAACAGAAAAUGUUGAACACAGAAAUUUCAGAUUUUUCAUACAAUACACACUAAAAACAGAACAACAGCUUUGUAUGAAUAGGAAUGAGGUGAUGGAUAAUAUAUGAUUCAUAAA